AUGGAUAAGAGUGUAUGGACGCCCAUUGUUCCUGGCGUAGGCUCGGAUUUCAUGGGCAUGUGCCUCGCACUCAUUAUCCCGGAGCACUUCUGGGGUGAUUCAAAUACAGAGGCAUCGCAAGCGACUGAGGUGCUAUCUGAUAGCACCGAUCCAACAAUAAAAUCAGUCGUAUCCUGGCUGCGCACUUCCACGGUGUUUUUGAAGCAGCAACCCCAUCUUGUGGUGCUUCUGCUCGGAUAUCUAUGGCGGUCCCUGGGUAUCGGCGUCAUGCGACUAUUGAUUAUCUAUGUGCCUAAGAGAUUUCAGAUGUCAUUCUCUCAUUCUGCCUAUUUCGUUUCCCUGGAUAGCGCAACUCAUUUUACAGUUCUAUUGAUACUACCAGCUGUGAACCGCUUCCUUGUUAAUCCACCGAGGCCGGUAAGUGAUACUGCAGACCUGAAACUCGCCAGAGGUAGCAAUCUCCUAUCAGCUUUGGAAAGUGCUGGUAUGGCGCUUGCGCCAUCGCUGAUUCUCGUUGCCAUAAGUUAG